GCUCGGGCAGCUCUCCCGUGCCGCUUCUUCCGUCCUCUGAGCCCGGCCCCCAGUUCUGCCGGCGGUCCCCGUUACCGAACAGCGUGCGUUCCGCCGCCUGGGCACACGUCAGCGUGUUCUGCAGUGGCGGGUCGGUGGGGAAUGCUGGUGAUCGUGUACCAAAGAGAAACUUUCGCAGCCCAGGAUGAAGACUCAGUGCGUCUCAUCCUUUUUUCAGCACAUGAGUCAGUGCGUUGUCCUGCUGCUGACAAAGGUUAUAGAGCACUUUUGCAUCAGCUGCGCUACGGAGCCGGGGAUCUCGCACUGCGAGCACCUCUGACAGCCACUGCGUCAUCCCUAAGAGGAGGCCCGCUUAUGCCUGUUCAGGGAUAAACGGCUACUAGGUGAAUUAAACACUGAGAACCUUGACAGAAUUGAUACUGGAGGUGAAGAUAAACGUGACUAUCUACGGUAUUGGCUCUGAAAGCUUGCUGCCACUAUCAGUGCUCUGCCUUGCGUGCUGGGAUCAGCGUAUCUCUGCAGGUGCUGUAGUUGGAAGAGACUUUUGGAGGCCUUCAGGAAGCCGAGAUAGCAUAGCCUCCAGCAGUGGGAGAUGGUUUACUCUAAACUGUUCUAACAUGAGUGCUGAUAGUUGUCUGGCCAUGCUGGCUCACUGCUUCCUCCUCUGAGGUUGCCGAGUUAGAAUUCGUUAGUGUGUUUUCUUUGCAGUAUGCACUCGCUGCAAUUGUAUGGUGUUUUCUUAGCAAGGGCAAUCAAGAUUAUGUUUCAUUUAGCCUAUUCAUUACUCUGACUUUUUUUUUUUUGUUAUUGUAGGUGACUCAGCUGUUGUAUGUAUGAGAUUUGUCCACACACUGGCUCUUCAGACAGGUCUUCCAUAUCUCAAGUCGAGAAGUUCCAUAUCAUACUAAACAUGGAGAAAGAAGAAAAGAAAUAUGUCAAUAAAGCAGAGGAAGAUGAGAUGGAGAUCUAUGGCUAUGAUCUGUGUCGCUGGAAGCUGGUGCUAGUUACUGUAGGAGUGAUCUGUUCUGGUGGCUUUCUUCUCCUCCUUCUCUACUGGAUGCCCCAGUGGCGUGUGAAAGCAACGUGCAGAAGGACUACCCUGAAGGACUGUGAGGUGGUUCUGCUGAGGACGACUGAUGAAUUCAAGAUAUGGUUUUGUGCAAAGGUUCGCAUUAUGCCUUCCUUGGGAGCCAAUCCUUUACAGAAUCCUAAUCCUAUUGUGCACAAGGUUUCAAAUGGCCAUGCUGUUCAUUUCUCUGAAUCUGCUGCAGAAGAGAAUAAAAAUGAUUCGAGAAAACAUUUGCCUAUUCGUUACUUCACACAUCACAGUGUGAAGUAUUUUUGGAAUGAUUCAGUUCAAAGUUUUGAUGUUGUACGAGGUCUGGAUGAAUCUACCUUCUGCUCUGCAAUUCAUAACGAACACAGCACAGGACUGACAAAGGGAAUGCAUGAUUACAGAAAAGCAUUCUAUGGAGUAAAUGAAAUUGCUGUGAAAGUGCCUUCCAUUUUUAAGCUUCUGGUUAAGGAGGUUCUCAACCCUUUUUACAUUUUCCAGUUGUUCAGUGUGAUAUUGUGGAUCACUGAUGAGUAUCACUACUAUGCAUUAGCAAUUGUGAUUAUGUCUGUAAUAUCCAUUGUUAGCUCACUCUACACCAUUAGAAAGCAAUAUGUUAUGUUACAUGACAUGGUAGCAGCUCACAGCAUUGUAAGGGUUUCUGUCUGCAGAGGAAACCAAGAAAUAGAAGAAAUCCUUUCCACCGACCUCGUGCCUGGAGAUACCAUGUUGAUUCCAUCCAAUGGGACAAUUAUGCCGUGUGAUGCAGUCCUGCUCAGUGGUACUUGCAUUGUAAAUGAAAGUAUGCUAACAGGUGAAAGUGUUCCUGUCACAAAGAUUAAUCUGCCAAAUCCUUCGGAAUAUCCAAAAGCGGUGGGAGAUGAGAUCUACAGUCCCGAAGUGCACAAGCGGCACACGCUGUUCUGUGGAACCAAUGUCAUUCAGACCCGGUUCUACACUGGAGAGUUGGUCAAAGCUCUGGUAGUGAGAACAGGCUUUAGUACUGCUAAAGGACAGCUUGUUCGUUCCAUACUGUAUCCAAAGCCAACUGAUUUUAAGCUCUACAGAGAUGCCUAUUUGUUUCUUCUGUCUCUGGUGGUGGUGGCAGGCUUUGGGUUUCUUUACACAAUUAUCCAUAGCAUCUUAAAUGAGGUUCCAGCUCGUACCAUCAUCAUCGAGUCUCUUGACAUUAUCACUAUUACGGUGCCUCCAGCACUCCCUGCUGCUAUGACUGCUGGCAUCGUUUAUGCACAAAGAAGGUUGAAGAAAAUUGGCAUCUUCUGCAUCAGCCCACAAAGGAUAAAUAUUUGUGGCCAGCUGAAUCUUGUGUGUUUUGAUAAGACUGGCACACUUACUGAGGAUGGCUUGGAUCUUUGGGGAAUUCAGAGGGUGGAAAAUGCUCGUUUCCUUUUGCCGGAAGAGACGGCUUGCAGUGAGAGCUUGCUGAAGUCAGAGUUUGUUGCUUGCAUGGCAACUUGUCAUUCCCUUACAAAAAUUGAAGGGGUGCUUUCUGGGGAUCCGCUUGAUUUGAAGAUGUUUGAAGCAAUAGGAUGGAUUUUAGAAGAAGCAACUGAAGAGGAAACAGCCCUUCAUAAUCGAAUCAUGCCAACAGUGGUUCGACCUUCAAAACAACUUUCCCCAGAAUCCAAGCAAGCAACAGAUCAAGAAAUGGAAUUGUUUGAGCUGUCGACUGGGUAUGAAAUUGGAAUCGUGCGCCAGUUUCCAUUUUCCUCAGUGCUGCAGCGCAUGUGUGUAAUAGCCAGGGUUCUAGGGGAAAAGAGAAUGGAUGCUUACAUGAAAGGUGCCCCAGAAGUGAUUGCCAGCUUGUGUAAGCAGGAAACAGUUCCUGUUGACUUUGAGCGUGUCCUGGAAGAAUACACUAAGCAGGGCUUCCGAGUUAUUGCUCUUGCUCACAGAAAACUGGAGUCUAAGCUUACGUGGCACAAAGUCCAAACUAUUAGCAGAGAUGCUAUUGAAAGCAACAUGGAUUUUUUGGGGCUAAUUAUAAUGCAAAACAAGUUAAAGCAAGAAACCCCUGCUGUACUUGAAGAUUUGCAUAAAGCCAACAUUCGCACUGUCAUGGUUACAGGGGAUAACAUGUUAACUGCUAUCUCUGUGGCCAGAGACUGUGGAAUGAUUCUACCUCAGGAUAAGGUCAUUAUUGCUGAAGCACUACCUCCAAAGGAUGGGCAGGCUGCCAGGAUCAACUGGCAUUAUGCAGAUACCCUCGCAAAAUGCACUAGUUCAUCACCAGCCAUAAACUCAGAGGAUAUUCCAGUUAAAUUGGUCCAUGAAAGCCUUGAGGAUCUCCAGAUGACAAAAUACCAUUUUGCAAUGAAUGGGAAGUCAUUUGCAGUGAUUUUGGAGCAUUUUCAGGACCUGGUACCCAAGCUCGUGCUACAUGGCACUGUGUUUGCUCGCAUGGCACCUGAUCAGAAAACUCAGCUGGUGGAAGCUUUACAAAAUGUAGAUUACUAUGUGGGCAUGUGUGGAGAUGGAGCAAAUGACUGUGGGGCACUGAAGAGGGCACACGGUGGUAUAUCUCUGUCUGAACUUGAGGCUUCUGUGGCAUCACCAUUCACUUCCAGGACACCCAGUAUUUCCUGUGUGCCAAAGCUGAUCAGGGAAGGCCGUGCUGCUUUAGUAACUUCCUUCUGUGUGUUUAAAUUCAUGGCACUGUACAGCAUCAUCCAGUACAUCACUGUUACUUUGCUGUAUUCUAUCCUGAGCAAUUUGGGAGACUUCCAGUUUCUCUUCAUUGAUUUGGCAAUCAUUUUGGUGGUUGUCUUCACUAUGAGUCUGAACCCUGCUUGGACAGAGCUUGUUGCACGAAGGCCUCCAUCAGGUCUUAUCUCAGGUCCACUUCUGUGUUCCGUGUUGUCUCAGAUCAUCAUCUGCCUUGCUUUCCAAACCUUGGGGUUCUUUUGGGUCAAACAGCAGCCCUGGUACAAGCCUUGGACACCAGACUCUGAUGCAUGUAAUGUGUUGGACGCACGGAACACCAGCUCUGCACACCACGGGAAUGAGACUAUCCAUGAUGAACAUUACAUUAAAAAUUAUGAAAACACAACUUUGUUUUUUAUAUCCAGCUUUCAGUACCUCAUAGUGGCAAUUGUCUUUUCUAAAGGAAAGCCCUUUAGACAACCAUGCUACAAAAAUUUUCUGUUUGUUUUAUCUGUUAUAGUUCUUUAUGUCUUCAUAUUUUUCAUCAUGUUGCAUCCUGUUGAACCUAUCGACGCAUUUCUUGAGCUUGUGUGUGUGCCAGCGGAGUGGCGCCUAAGAAUCGUCAUCAUCGUUGUUCUAAAUGCAGUUGUAUCCGUGCUGACAGAGAAUGUCCUCCUUGAUAUGAUCCUUUGGAAGGUUGUGUUCAAUCGAGACAAACAAGGAGACUCUCGCCUCACCAUACCCCAGCCGCCUCAGGAGGCUGGGGACCGCUGUGGAGUCUGUUUCCUUUCUUCCCUGUUUGGUUGUAGAGAGAAGACACCAAAAGCCAAGUAUAUGCACCUAGCUCAGGAACUGCUGGUUGAUCCAGAAUGGCCACCAAAACCCAGGACAACAACAGAAGCAAAAGUACCAUCCCAAGAAAAUGGUUCAUAUCAAAUCAUCACUGUAACGUAGCAGUGGAUCUUGGUGGCAUGUAUCUUUAGUAGUAUUCAGAAGAAUGUAAUUUUAAGGCUUUAUUUGAAACUGCAGUGUGCUAAAUGUCGAAUUCUGAUGCAGAUAUUUCCAACUGUUUUGUCUCUCUGAACACAAAAUUCAGAGCCAGGCGUCUUAUGGCUAUACAUUUUAAAAAUGUAAGUUACUUUAGGCAGAACAAAAAUGAUUGUGUUUCCUUCCACCUUCUUUCAGAUUUCAUUGUUCCUAAAUGAGAUGCAUUUGAAGGUUUAAACUGCAGGGCAGUUAAAAUAGGUUCACAUUAUUUGCCUGGAAUAUCUUAAUAGUUGUUCUAACCUGCAUAUCUGGGCAUGUGUUCAUAUAAACCCUAUGAUGUGAUGGUUUCAUGGCUGUACUAGAGGUGCAUAAUAACCUUGUCAUGGUUUGGGGUUUUUUUUUUUGUGUUUUCUUUUUGGUUGGUUGGCGUUAUUUUGUUUAGUUGGUUUUUAUUUGAGUGAUGAAAAGUUUUGUGCCUCAGAACGGUUGUAAAGUUUGUAUGUGUGUACCUCUAAGUUUGUAUCUAUUAGUAAGGAGUGUUUCCAGGUGUAAUGUUUGGGUUCUAAGUUCAAUUCUUUAAUCUGCCACAGCAGGAAUUGGGAAUGCUGUAGAAGCAAUAUGCUAUGUCCUUAAGAAAUAAGCACAUUGCUUUCAUGUGGAUUCUUGACUUCUCUUCUAGCUAACCACAAGGAAGGCUUAGGUGGCCUACAGGGGAAGAGCCAUUUGGCUACACUCUAAAGUUUUUGGAGAAAGAAGGAUGGAGAAUCUAAACACUUUCCUCUAUGUCAUGUUUUAUUACAUUUAGCUAUGCAUUUCUCCAUAGACCGUGCUUUUUCUGGCAGAAGGGUUGGAUUAUCCCUUUGUGGACCAUGGUUUUUUUUUGUAAAUCUAAAGAUCAUUUUCCUAUACACCUUCAAGUAGUAAGGCCAGAGUUACUGCUGCAAGGGAUGUGGGAGUGGGAGGGAGGUAUUGUCACAUGCCCACGCGUGGGAUUUGUGCACGUUAAGAGCACAGGCAUUUCAAAGAGUCUGCUGGUGUCUUAGGCGCUACAUGUAGCUGUACGAAACAAAAUUAAGAGAAAAUUAAGCUGAAGUCUGUCUUGCUGCAGAACUAUAAGGCUUAUGCAGAUUUUAUUUAUUAAAAAAAAAAAAAAAGAUGAAAAAAAUAAAAGCUUGUAUCACCACUAAUGCUGCUUAAGCACUAGGGGUAGCCAUACAUCAUUUUGCCAUGAGGCAGUAUCAGAACACAAGACCACUAGAAAAAGAGGUCUACAAAGAAGUAGAGGCAGACAGCACUUUGACUUGCAAGGCUUAAAACUUUUUUUUUUUUUUUAAACUACAAAUUAUAUUAUUUCGAAACCAUUGUCAACUUUGUAAAUGUUUGGAAAAGACUUCCUUAGUGUCUUUGGGAAGAUGAUAAAUAUUGAGUCUUGAUCAUUCUAUUUUUGACCAUGGGCAACUAACUGCUCCAGACACCUCCAAGCUUUGGGGGGAGAUCUGAGGUCUGAAGAAGUCAUGAUUCUGUAGAGAUCCUUUAGAGAAGGAAGUGGGGUCCUUUAAAGUAGUUGUGGAAUGAGGGCCCCAGACCCACUGGCUGGCUGGGAUUGUUUUGAAGUGUGUAUAUUCUGAUGAUGGAAUUUGAGGUUUUGAUGUUAGGGAUUUUUUUUCUUUCUUUUUUCACUUUCUUUCCU